AUGCCUGGGGCUUUCCCGUCUCAAGACCGUGGGUCUGCCGAAAACAGUCCCACGAAGUCGCAAAUCGAAGAGAACCAACCAACAACCUCCCUCGAAUCCACGGUUGGCGAAUCAUCGUGUGAACAAGAUGCGAUAAAGAAUCCGGUCGAGGUAGGAUUUCAAUCAAUUGCUGCUUUUUUCGGGAUGCCCUUGGACUCAACAGCACAGCACAGCAUUGAUCAAGCAGAAGAAUCAAGUAGUUUGGGAUCAACAGUAAUCGAACAAAGAAGUCCAAUCAAAGCAAGCUCUCCAAUAAAAGUAGGAAGAUCCUUGUAUGGAAAUAAUAGGGUCGAAACAAACUCAACAACUCACGACAGUGACCAAGAAGGUGAAUACACAAAUUUUGUAGAUGCAGCCAACUCUCCAGCAGAGGACUUUGUGGACGCUGACGGGCACAUAUGGAGGUCAAGAUUCUGUCUUCUAGAGGAAGGUGUACUUUACUUUUAUCGGAAUUCCCAGGACGCGAAUUCUGCGAUCGCUAUUGAAGAGAGGCAGAAUGUGCAAGCGCAACCAGAGCAAAAUGGCAUUAGGCUGUACAGCCCCAAGGACUUGUCAAAGUCACCUGUAUCCAAAGGAAUGCAUGGACAAUCGGGUUCAGCUUCGACUGAAGAAGCAAACAGCUUCACCUGGGAGAAGCGAGUCUUCCUAAAUUCAGUGGGAUCUGUGCGGUCUGCAGAACAGGAGUUCGGAGCAAAUGCGUUCCAGCUUGAAGCAAUUAGUGGAGAUCAGAAUGUCGAAAAGACGGAUACGCUGGUACUAUGUGCUAGGAAUGAAGAUGACAUGAAGGAAUGGAUCUUUCAGUUCCAUCGAUCUCUUAGUUGGUUCAUGAGGAGCUUUAUGAAAUCUGAAAUAUAUAUGGAUAUCGCAUAUCCUAUUACAUCUCAUCAGGCAGCGUCUUUCAUCCCAUUUCAUCGAUCGGACAAGGAUGUACAAAGGUGCUUUGCACCAUCACCGAUAUUAUCAGAGGAAGUAGAGAAGAAAGGUUCGCUAUCACAUGGCCACGGGCGAAUCGGUCUUCAACGUAGUCGUCAGCUCACGACGAAGUCCAUGUCGCUUGAUAACGAAGCUGCUUCUGAUAGCAUUGCAUCUAUUCCAAGAACUGGUUUGACAUCCAAACAAGAUCAAAAGACCAAUAGUACUAGCAAUGGGGAUGGCAAGUCGUCAAAGGCAAGGGCGUAUAUACCUCCUCAUUUGAGGCGCAAAAUGCAAGCAAGCCAAAAUUUGGCCGACACCAACGGAUUGACUUACCAUACAGACGAGAGUGAUGUAACUGAUUUUCCUGCAGAGAAGGAAGCAAAGGAUAGUAAGCACACUGGUGCAUUACGCGAGAAAGUGCAUGGCGGUACCGCAUCCUCACUUAAAAACGGACCCAAGAGUACUGAAACUCCUGAACCUGCAAUAUAUCAUAAAGGUGGAUGUGCUGACCCACAGUUGGUGCCAGUGUCGAUUGUCGACUCUCGAUACAUCCCUAGGAAAGCAUCAAGACUUGGUCCAAAUGCGGGAACGCCUUUUGGAUGUUUUGGUGGCGAAGGCAUUUACGAAACAUCUCGAAGCACUGCACCUAUUUGCUGGGAAACUGGAGCUGUUUCAGAAUGUGGAAUUCGAGAUUCGAACGAAGAUGCAUAUCUAAUAUCAAAUGAUCUUCUUCAUGAUCAGAAUUAUGAGCAGACGUCAGAAACAAACCGUGCAAAAACAAAUUUAGGCAGCCAUGAAAAAGUUGGAUUAUUUGCAAUUUUUGAUGGGCACCAGGGAGAUCAAGCCGCUCGUUUUGCAGCUGAAAAGCUUGGAGGUUUUAUUCUGGAAGAGAUUGAAAAUAGCUACCAGAAACAAGCUAUGACAGUUCCAUCGCUUGAUUCGCCAAGGCUAGAACUCACUGCUCGAAAUGCUAUGGCAAGGCUGGAUCGAGAAUUUUGUUCCUUGUGUCACGAGGGAGGCAGAGAAUGGGAAUCAGGGGCAACAGCUCUUGUUGCGAUUUUGGUGGACAAGAGCUUGGUUGUUGCGAACUUGGGAGAUUGCCGUGGAGUCAUCUGCCGUGGUGUUGUAGAUGCCGAAUCUUACCUUACCGAUGACGCUUGGCAUGACGUUGAUUUUCCAAGCAGCAACAAUGGUAUGGGAGAUGGUUUGCGUAUAGACACGACUCGUUUUUUUUGGAGAGGGAUAACAAACGUUCACAGCCCAUCAGUGGAGACUGAGCGGGAGCGAAUCGAAGAAGCCAAUGGCUGGGUCACUACCGAAACAGAAAUUCCAAUUGGGCAACUUCGUAGAAUCGACUUUCGAGAUGAAGAUGUGGUCAAUAUAUUGAAGCGAGGUUUCAGCGAAGCCGAGGAAAACCUUUCUUCGGGGGUAGGCAAGCAGAGCAAGGCAGCACCACAACGAAUCCUUGAAAUCUUUAGAGUCUGUGGGGACCUUUCAGUCAGUAGAUCGAUUGGUGAUAGGGACUUUAAGGCAGAAUAUAACCCCCCUCGCACGAAUCCGCACAAAGAUGAUCCAUCAAGUCAGUGCUGGGAAGGUCCGUUGUAUCUCAAGUAUCCAGAUGACCACAAUGGUCGUUUCAAAGGAGACUUAGUAAGCUGUGUACCAGACUUUCAGCGUAUUGAGGUUGGUGAAGAAGGCGUGAACAAUGAAUUCUUACUUUUGGCAAGUGAUGGCUUAUGGGAUGUGCUUGAUGCUGAUGACGCUAUAAGGGUGACAAGGGAACUCCUUGUUCGUAAGAAAAUCGACGCGAAGCAAGCUGCUGCUCGACUUGCGGAGUUGGCUAUUCAUUUAGGUUCGUCAGAUAAUGUCACAGUCAUCAUUCUAAUUGUUAAAAAAUGA